AUGUCGGAUUGGGGACCGGUGCUAGUGACGGUGAUACUAUUCGUGAUGCUGACGCCGGGACUUCUGUUUCAGUUGCCGGGAAGACAAAGAUACGUUGAGUUUGGUAAUUUUCAGACAAGUGCUGUCUCUGUGAUCGUUCAUUCUCUUCUCUACUUCUCCCUUGUUUGCGUCUUCCUCCUCGCCCUCAAGAUUCACAUCUACAUUGGCUGA